AUGAAAAACCGCAGAAACGUGCAGAUGUGCCAGAUGCGUGUCGUGAGAAUUGAUGGUUUGGAUAAGGCUUCAAUCGCUAACUCGGAUGGACCAGCCCCAGGAUCCCAAACUCCCCCCUUCAAGAGGAAGGGCAAACUCUCCACCAUUGGCAAAAUCUUUAAACCUUGGAAAUGGCGGAAGAAGAAGACUAGUGACAAAUUCAGAGAAACGUCAGCAGUGUUGGAAAGGAAGAUUUCGACAAGACAAAGCAGAGAGGAGCUGAUAAGAAGGGGAGUGCUGAAGGAAAUGCCCGAGCAAGAUGGUGAUGUAACAGUAAAUUUUGAAACUUCAAAUGGACAUACCAUAGCCAUUGGUGAAGAAACCAUACAGGAAGACAAUGUGGUAAAAGCCAGUGGAGAUAAUAGUACUUUAUCAGAGAAAGCAUCAGCAUUGGAAGGAAAAAAAGAAGAUCAAAAAGCUAGUUCCUCUCAUGCAAAAAAACCACCAGUCUCUUCAUCACCAUCUCCUUCGUCCACAUCAUCUCAUCCCAAAGCCUCUAAGGAGACUUCCAGCAAAUCGGGCACAUCAGGGACUACCAGGGGCAAGAAAAAACCUGGGAAACAGUCCGCCCCACGAACAGCGCCGGAUGGGGCUGCUUCUUCCCCCUCAGGUGCCACAGCCAACAGGUUGGAAGCGAAGGCAGAAAAACCGGAGCCUGAGCAACCUUCCAUAGUAAUUUCUGAAAUGGAGGACGCAGACCAAACAAGCAAGCUCAUUGUCCCCCCUCCUCCCACCGCUGCCCCUCCUCCACCUCCACUUCCACCUCCUUUUCCUGCUGCAGCUGGUCAGCCCGCUGUCUCCUCAGAUGCCCAAGAUGUGCCAGACGGCUGCGUGGCAGGGCCAGCCGUCCCUGGAUCAGAUACUAAGCCUCUUCUCCAGACCGAGCGUGACACAGACGAGAGCCUGAGCAGUACGGCCCUAGACAGCGGUCCAGAUGCUAGUGGAGAAGUCACAAAAAGCUUGGCUACCCAAGAAGACCAAGAAGCGGAGGCAACUGACCAGGCACACUCUGAACCGGUGGAGGAGGCUUCUGAUGCUGCUGCCCCUCCUGAGAGUGAAAGUAGCAGAGAGAGCCACAGCAGUGACUCAGACUCUGACGGACCGAUACUGUACACAGAUGAUGAUGAUGAUGACGAUGAUGAUAAUGCAAGUGCUGAAAGCUCUUUGGCAAGUAAAAUUCGUCGCAGGGAUACUCUUGCUAUCAAACUUGGCAACAGACCUUCUAAGAAAGAAUUAGAAGACAAAAAUAUCUUGCAGCGUACAUCUGAAGAGGAGAGGCAGGAAAUCAGACAUCAGAUUGGAACGAAGCUAGUGAGGAGACUUAGCCAGAGGCCUACAACUGAAGAGCUGGAGCAGAGAAAUAUCCUAAAGCAGAAGAAUGAAGAAGAGGAACAGGAAGCCAAAAGAGAAAUAAAACGUAGACUCAGUAGAAAGCUCAGCCUGAGGCCUACAGUGGCUGAACUUCAAGCAAGAAGAAUCCUUCGAUUUAAUGAGUACGUGGAGGUCACGGAUUCUCCGGAUUACGACCGUCGUGCCGACAAGCCUUGGGCCAGGUUAACUCCCGCAGACAAGGCAGCAAUACGGAAAGAACUGAAUGAAUUUAAAAGCACAGAAAUGGAAGUACAUGAGGAAAGUCGGCAAUUUACCAGGUUUCAUCGUCCAUAACUUUGAGCACAUCCCAUAUUUCAUGUAACAAUUUUCUUUGGGGAAAUCGUUGCGUCCUGAAGACCUGAGAUUGCACUGGAACUUGACUGAGUGUGAGUGUGUGCUACAGCCUGCCCUGAGGUUAAUGAAGGAUGUGGCCCUCGUCUUUAUCAAUGGACAGAUGAUUUGUCUAGGAGGAGAACCCACAUGAAGUGUUUGUCAGCGUUAAGACAAACCACGGUUCUGUGGCUAGCCCACACAGAUGAAUCGGUGGACUUCUUCUUCGGAGCUCCACAAGUCAGGAAGUGCUGAAGACAAUCGCUCGAGAGCCUGCUAGCAGGAACUCAUCAGACUUCAUAGGGUUGUGACUGAGGGUAACUGAGAGGGGGGAGCGUGGAAAGGACUGAGAGCGUGGGGGAAGAGAGACUUUGCUUGUCGGUCCACAGAGAAAAGUGAACGGAUGGAACUGCUUAACGAUGCACUUGGCCAGUUGGGAGGAAUUAUUUAAAAAAAAAAAAAAGAGAGUGAGCAACUGUGCAUGUAUUUUUUUUAGUGGCCACAGCCUGUCUUAGAAAGACAGCAAGCCACAAGUCCUCAUGCCAUCAGUACUUUAGUGAAGAACUGUAAUUUUCUCUGGUGCCAGUAAAUACAGUUGCCAGAAAUUAGUCUUAGCAUAACUCAGCUGUCUUUUUUAAAAUCCCGAUGAGCAUGCUUCAAGAAAAUACACUGAACAUUCAUACAGAACAAGUCAUAUUUUUUGGUUUUUAAUGUUGACGUACUCUGGAUCCUCAGAAAUACAUAAACAGGAUUCGAAGGACAAAUAACUUGACACUAUGAAUGCAAUGAAACGCUUCAUGUUUAGAAACACUCCGUGCUGUCUGUCAAUUGCCACUCAAACCACAGGGAUCAUUAUCUUUCUCACCCAUGGCAGGCAGUGGUGACAAUUUUGACAUCGUGCUAGCGUGAAUCCAAAAUCAGAAUUGAAUUGGGCACAAAAGUCUUUACUAGUAGGCUUGAGCGGUGAUUACUAAUGUGACUUCUCACCUUUAAGGACUCUUGCAUUGCUUUGAGGAAGAACUCCCAGAUGAAUCGGUAUGUCUUCAGCCAGUGGUCUCGUAAAAGUGAACAGAAAAUCCUUAGAGUGUCUGCGGCCUGUUUUUGUUGAGUGUGAAGAAUGCUUCUUAGAUUCAUAAUUUUUUAUACUAUCUUGAAAUUGUAUCUGUGAAUACAGUACUAUUAAAAUUAAGUGGUAUGGAGUGUGAAAGGCAAUACAUGGUUUUUCUAAGUUGGCCCAAAGGCCUAUUAAAAAGCCUGUGGCGUUGUUUACACUAAGAAAUUCUCUGUCUUAUAUUAGCACUUACUUAUCCUUUGAAUUAACGUACACAACAUUUUGGGGGGGUCUGGAAUUCACAUAUGCAUACAUUUAAUGCAGUACUAUGAUAUAUUUGCUAUUUAUCCUUUCUAAUGUGUGUACAUACUACAAUUUAUUUUUGUCUUUUAUGUGCCCUGUUUAGUUUUUAAUUAUGAAGUGUAAGUAUUUCUUUUUCAGGCAAUAAAAGGUCUGCGUAGAUGUGAUUUUUACCUCA